ACCCCUUUCGUGACGUCAUAAUUCGCCUUCAGAAUUCAGCAUGGCGACCACUUCAAUGUUUCGACCUUGUGUCGGUCGAACAAUUUUAGGGAGUUUUCGGUCGUUAAUUGCACCAUGUGGAAACAAACAAAAAUAUCAUGAAACAACAGUUUUAAGCAAGCCGGUAGCUGAACCAAUAUCUCAUCCUGCUGGUCGUCAUACCAUCACCAUGGUACCAGGAGAUGGAGUAGGACCAGAUUUAAUGGCAAGUGUUCAGGAGGUCUUUCAGUCAGCUGGAGCACCGGUAGACUUUGAGGAAAUUUUUAUCAGUGAAGUACAACCUGCUCAGAGUGCUACUGUAGGCUCUGUGGUCGAAUCAUUUAAAAGAAAUGGUGUUGGAUUAAAAGGUAUUAUAGCCACACCCUCUAGUUUUAAAGGUGGUGUUCUACAGACAUUAAACAUGCAGAUCAGGCAAGAGUUAGAUUUAUUUGCCAAUGUUGUACGUAUAAAGAGUUUAGCAGGUUAUAAAACGAAGCACAAUAAUCUAGAUUUUGUUAUUAUUCGUGAACAAACAGAAGGUGAAUACAGUGCUUUAGAACAUGAGAGUGUACCUGGUGUUGUAGAGUGUCUAAAGAUCGUGACAAAGGAGAAAUCUCAGAGAAUAGCAAAGUUUGCAUUUGAUUAUGCUAUGAGAUUAAACAGAAAGAAAGUAACAGCUGUCCAUAAAGCUAAUAUCAUGAAGCUAGGUGAUGGUUUGUUUUUAAGAUCAUGUGAAGAAAUAGCUGAGCUUUAUCCUAGUAUAGAAUUUGAAACAAUGAUUAUAGAUAACUGUUGUAUGCAGCUUGUGUCUAAUCCACAUCAAUUUGAUGUCAUGGUGAUGCCCAAUCUCUAUGGUAACAUAGUUGAUAAUUUAGCUGCGGGACUGGUAGGGGGAGCUGGUGUUGUUCCUGGAGAGAGUUUCAGUCAUGAUGUUGCCAUCUAUGAACAGGGUGCUCGUCAUUCAUAUGCUGAAGCUGUUGGUAGAAAUAUAGCGAAUCCAACCGCCACCAUUUUGGGUGCAUGUAAUAUGUUAAAACAUCUACAUUUAGAAUUUCACUCUCGUUUAAUAGAAGAUGCUGUUUAUAGAGUUGUUAAAUCGGGCAAGUUCCGAACUCAAGAUAUGGGAGGUUAUACAUCAACUAGUGAUUUUACUCAGGCUAUUGUAAAUAAUUUACAUACAGGAUAAAUGAAACUUUAUAUUCAAAUCUUUUUUUAAAAUAUAAUGUCAGGAUCUGUUGGCCAAGAAUAUUUUCCUAAUACAUCUAAGUUCAAAAAUUAAUGAACCGUGACCUUGAUACGCCAAAUCAUAUUUUCACAGUCUUAACUAUUUUAAUGAGCAACUGUACAAAUGUUUAAAGAAAUUUACAUGUUGUGAAAAAGAACUAUGCGACUUGCUAUCUUAUAUCAUAAAAAAAUGGCCCAGUAGUAUGUUUAGGGUUACAUUUGUUGACAAGUCACUUCUUGAUAUUCAAAAACCACAGUCGGACAGCUUGAAUCUUCAGUCAACUAGCAGUUGAAUAAUGUAGCCUACUGUAGGAAACUUUUUUUUCCACCCAUUUAUCUAUUAAUUUAUGAAACCUUUUAUUUUUCUCUUUCUUUGAAAAAUAUGAACUAGGAAAUAUUUAUUGGCCAAAAUACAAGACUGUCACAUAAAGCCUGGCCUUAUAUUUUAGAAAAGAAUUUGAUUACAAAUCUUUAUCUAAUAUCUAAAUGAAUCUCUUUUCUAUUGAAGAACAAAGAUUAUUGAAAAUACUGCCAUUUAGUGGUGCAGUCCUCUUGCGUUUACAGCAGAUGUGACUAUUACAGAUAAUUCUUCAGUCGACAUUCAUACAAUUAUUUUAUUUGCUCAAGAGCUGAUGGAGUAUUGUUAGACUGUAUAUUUUUGUUUUGAUAAUUUAUGUUUCUUUUAAUACUGUCGUCACUGGUAUUUGAGUAUACCCCCCUCCCCCCAAAAUCUGUGUCCAUCCACUAGAUUCAUUUCCAGAUUUUUGUCCCCCGACUUUUGAAGAAAGCAGGGGACUAUUAAAAUGGGUCCGUCCGUGACAAUUUUUGAGGCACAAUAACUCAAACUUGGUGUAGGUGUUUAUUAGGUGAAUGCCUUGAUGGAGUUCGAAGAUGAGCAUGUUCUGAUUAGGGUAAGCAGAGAUAAGCAAUUUGAUUGGUUGAUGUUUUGGGACACAAUAACUAGCUCUAAUUAAAUGCGAGUGAUGAAACUUGUGUAUAGUAUCAUUACAUCAAUACCUUGACUAAGUUCGAUGCUGAGUAUUUUCUGCUGAGGCAAAGUAGAAACUUAAGUCUGAUUGGUGUAGACUUUGGAACACAAUAACUCUUUCUAAUUGAGGCAGAAUGUUCAAACUUGUGUGUAGGUGUCUUAUUAGGUGAAUGCCUUUCCAGAAUUCGAUCAUGCGCAUUUUCCACUAAUUUUGUUUUGUCAAGACUUUGAAAAAUAACUCUGCUUUUAAUUGAUGUAGAAUGUUUAAACUUGGUGUAGUCAUUCAAUAGGUGAAUGUCUUGACUGAGUUCAAUGAUUAACAUAUUAACAUUUCCCACUAAAGCAAAGCAGAACUAAGCAAUUUCAUUGGUUGAUGCUUUGGGACACGGAGAUUGAUGAAACUUGGUGUAUAGUUUCACUACCAGGUACUUCAAAACCUUGACUGAGUUUAAUCCUGAACAUUUUUUGCUUAGACUAGUAUAGAUAAUCAGUUUGAUUGCUCAAUACUUUUGAAAAAGAUAAACGUGCAAUUAAUCAGUAUGUGUCAUCUAUUUAUUUUGGGAUUGCGGCGGGGUACAUCAGCCUCACUGUUGGCUUGUAGUAUUUAUUAAGAAAAAUUUGAUAAUAGACCAGUUUCUGGUAAUAAUGAAUUGUUAUAUAGCUGUAAAUAUGAGAGUGUUAAUUUAAAUAUAUAUAGAUAUAGACACAGGGCUCUUACUAGUUAAUGUUUUCCAGUUUUGUCUGAUUGACAUUGAAAGCAUCUGGUUCUGAUGACAUGAAAUUUAAAUAUUUUACUCGAUUACAAUACUUUAAAGUUUAAAAAAAUGAAUAUAGAAUCCAAAUCAACUGAUUUGACUUGAAUUCUAUAAAUUGCUCAACUCCCAAGAUCGUACAUUUAUUUAGUCGUAAAUUGCCAAGAUCGUACAUGCUCAAUAUAAUUCCCAAAGCUAGAUGGCGUAGCUGCUCCACUGGUGUCAUAGUUCAUUCUACAGACAACUUGAAUCAUCUGCUAGUGAAUUCGUCUGCUAGUCCAUAAGGCAUUGUGUACCGUUGAUGUCAUUCCCACAUGGCUUGCUUAUGGGGAUUUUCAAUUGUGCAUUGAUUACAAGUUCUAUUGUUCAGUGAAGAUGGCUGCGAAAUGCAAACAGGAUUAUUUCUCUUUGACAGAAUGAGUCGAUUUAUUAGCGGAUUCUGAUAGCGGGAAAGUGUAUUUUCUUUCGGAUAAUGAGAGUGAACGUGAAUCUCAUUACAGAAGGUCGAAAAACAAAAAAAACCUGGGCUAUUUAUGUCUAACAUUUUCAGAAUGCCUGUGCAGUGAAAGAAUUAAAAAGCUUGGAAAUGUCUUAUUGCCAUUAUGUUUGAUAGAGUCCUGUAUAUAGGCGUAUGUAGAUGUUUUACUGUAGUGUAGCUAACAGUAAUGAUAUAAAUAUAUUGUAUGAUGCAUCCAUUCUCAGAAACCCAUAGUCUGUCUCAACAAAUUGUUUAUGUUUUGCUGGCUUCUGUGGGGUAUAGGAUUUAGAUCAAUCGCAAACCAAAUAAAUCUAUUACAGUUUCCAUAUUAAUUUGAUUCAAGUAUAAAUUCAAAAAGGCAAAGAUUUCUGCUUGUAUAUAAAUGUCAGUGAGACAUAUUUUUGUGCUCGAUUGAAACAUAUGCCCAUCUUUGUGUUUGAUUGAGAGUCAGGGAAUCAUAAAUGAUGAUAGAUUUGCUGUCGAUUACGGCAAAGAAUAUAUUUGUUAGUUCCGAUAGCAGAUAUGGAGUAGUAGAAUUAUGACAAAAUCAAACAUGUUUUGUGUGUAGAGAAAAUAUGAUUGCAUGCUUUCGUCACCUGAUCUUCUUAUGUUAACUUGAUAGUCAUCGUUUGUGGGGGUCUGAAAAUUCAUUUUAUUUUCGAUUGAGUACCAUCUAUGGUUUUCAGAGAAUGAUAACAUUUGUUGCUUUUAUGUAUGAAGAAUUCGUUACAAGUUA